AUGGAUUUUGAGACCAACGAGGAUAUCAACGGUGUUAGGUUUUCCUGGAAUGUCUUUCCUUCGACCAGAACGGAUGCUAACAAGAAUGUUGUGCCUGUGGGUUGUUUAUAUACGCCAUUGAAGGAAUAUGACGAGUUGAAUGUUGCACCAUACAACCCUGUCGUAUGUUCUAACCCACAAUGUAAAGGCAUUUUGAAUCCAUACUGUGCGAUUGAUUUGCGGAACAAUUCAUGGACUUGCCCAUUCUGUGGUUCUAGAAAUCAUUUACCACCGCAGUAUGCCAGUAUGACGCAGGAAAACAUGCCUGCGGAGUUGCAGAGCACAACUGUAGAGUAUAUCACGAAUAGAGCUGUUCAGAUUCCUCCAAUAUUUUUCUUUGUUGUUGAUAUCACGUCAGAGCAAGAGAAUUUGGAUGCUCUGAAAGAAUCCAUUAUUACAUCUCUUUCACUUCUACCACCAAAUGCAAUGGUUGGUUUGAUUACGUACGGGAAUGUUGUCCAACUGCACGAUCUCUCGAGCCAAAUGAUUGAUAGAUGCAACGUUUUCAGAGGCGAUAGAGAAUAUCAGUUGGAGCAAUUAGUGGAAAUGUUGACCGGUCAAAGACCAACAAAUACAAUGAGCGCUGUACAAAACGCGAAGAUUACCCCAUUUUCUCUCAAUAGGUUUUUUUUGCCUUUGGAACAAGUUGAAUUUAAGUUGAAUCAGUUGUUAGAAAAUCUAGCUCCUGAUCAAUGGACCGUUCCAGCAGGUCACAGACCUCUGAGAGCCACUGGCUCUGCUUUGAACAUUGCUUCGUUGAUUUUACAAGGCUGCUAUAAAAACGUUGCAGCAAGAAUUAUCUUGUUUGCUUCUGGACCAUGUACUGUUUCACCUGGUCUAAUCGUGUCAAAUGAAUUAAAGGAUCCAUUGAGAUCACAUCACGAUAUCGAUUCGGAUCGUGCUAGUCAUUACAAAAAGGCCUGUAAAUAUUACAAUCAGUUAGCUGAAAGAGUAGCAACAAAUGGACAUACUGUCGAUAUAUUCACUGGUUGUUAUGAUCAAAUUGGUAUGUCGGAGAUGAAACAAUUAACUGACAGUACUGGUGGUGUCCUAUUACUGACGGAUGCUUUUUCAACUGCUAUCUUCAAACAAUCAUACGUUAGAUUGUUCUCUAAGGAUGAAGAGGGCUAUUUGAAAAUGGCUUUCAACGGUAAUCUAUCUGUAAAGACAAGUAAAGAUUUAAAAGUUCAAGGUUUAAUUGGCCAUUGUUCUGCUGUGAAGAAACCAGAUGGUAACAAUAUCAGUGACUCCGAAAUUGGAAUAGGUAGUACUUCAACUUGGAAAAUGUCUUCCUUAUCUCCAAAUCACACAUAUGCAAUUUUUUUUGAAAUUGCAAAUACAGCUGCUUCAACACCAGCCGUAGCUGAUAAACCUCGUUUGGCUUAUACACAGUUUAUUACUACUUAUCAACACUCUUCUGGUACUAACCGUGUCAGGGUUACCACGAUGGCGAAUCAAUUAUUACCAUUUGGUGCGCCAGCAAUUGCGGCCUCUUUUGACCAAGAAGCCGCAGCCGUCUUGAUGGCAAGAAUAGCUGUCGAUAAGGCUGAGUCCGACGAUGGAGCGGACGUUAUCAGAUGGAUUGAUAGGACUUUGAUUAAAUUAUGUCAAAAAUACGCUGACUACAAUAGAGACGAUUCCUCCUCUUUCAGAUUGGCUCCAAAUUUCUCGUUAUACCCACAGUUCACCUACUAUUUGAGAAGAUCACAGUUUUUGAGCGUUUUCAACAAUUCACCAGAUGAAACUGCAUUCUACAGACAUAUUUUCACAAGAGAAGAUACAACUAACUCAUUGAUUAUGAUUCAACCAACACUAACAUCAUUCUCGAUGGAAGACGAGCCACAACCAGUAUUAUUGGAUUCCGUUUCUGUCAAACCUAAUACGAUUUUGUUGUUAGAUACAUUUUUCUUUAUUUUGAUAUAUCAUGGUCAGCAAAUUGCCCAAUGGAGAAAAGCAGGGUACCAAGAUGAUCCACAAUAUGCUGAUUUCAAAUCCCUCUUGGAAGAGCCUAAAUUGGAAGCUGCCGAAUUAUUGGUAGAUAGAUUUCCAUUACCUAGGUUCAUUGAUACCGAAGAGGGUGGAUCUCAAGCAAGAUUUUUACUGUCCAAAUUAAACCCGUCUGACAGUUAUCAAGAUGCUACGCAUGGUGGAUCAACAAUUGUCCUUACAGAUGAUGUUUCGUUACAAAACUUCAUGACACAUCUACAGCAGGUUGCAGUUAGUGGUCAAACAUAA